UUUUUGUCAAAAGAGACUAAUAGAAGUAGAUCAAAUCGAUAGUUCUACUCAACUGGUCUUAUUCAUUUGGUAAUUAUUUUAAAGAUUGAAAUACCACUCACUACAUAAUCUAUGAAUAAAACAUUUAAAACACUGGCAUUUACCAGACAUUCAAAUCUAUACUCUACUUCCGGACAAAUCAAAUAUUCAUCUUCAUCAACUAUGCCUAAACAACAACAACAACAAUCACAAACGAAAUAUCCAAAUUUAAUAUCAACUAAUUCAUGUCUCUAUUGUGUCACAAAAACUGUACAUCCAAGAUUAGGACGAGGUGAAACUUAUAUUUGCGGUUAUAAACCAUAUCGUUGUGAAAUAUGCAAUUAUUCGACUACAACGAAAGGAAAUUUAGCUAUACAUCAACAAUCGGAUAAGCAUUUAAAUAAUCUUCAGGAGCAUGAACAAACAAUGUCUCAAACAAUAUUCAAUACAACUGAUACAAGAAGUAAUCAAAGUGAAAGUCCUGAUUAUACUCGUCAUCAGCAAAAUAAUCUACACCAAAAUCUUGCUCAUUCAAACUCAACCAGUAAAAAAUCUAAUUCACCAUGUAAUUUGAACAUUUUAACUGCACAUUCAUUGUCUGAACGACGAACAAUAUCAUCAGUGCAACAAAAUGUGAAAUUAGACCAAAAAGCUGUUGAAUUGCUUCAAAACAAAAAUGAGCAUGAAAAAGUUAUAAACAGUAUUAAUUUGAAUAAAGUCAUUACAAAUUUUCAUGAAACAGGUUUAUCUAAUGGUGAAGAUGGAAUGCCUCAACCUAACUGUCCUUCCUCUUCAUCGUCUAUGGUCGACUCGACCUGUUUUAAUUUUGAUCAUCCACUGAAACCAUUCAUACCUUUAACAUCAUCUUAUGACAAUCUGUUACGUAAUCUUACUGAAACAGCAAAUCAUCCGUUAGUCUGUCAAGUAUGUUGUACAUUUACAACGGAUAAUUUAGAUGUUUUAAUUGAACACGUUGAACGAAAUCGUAUACCAUUUGACUUAGACUACGUUACAAAUUUAAUAACUGUACAUACAAAUGGUUUUUGGUUUUGUAAAUUAUGCACUUAUAAAAGUCCUUUAAAGGCUAAUUUUCAAUUACAUUGUAAAACAGAAAAACAUGCACAAAGAUUAAGUUUUCUUGUACAUGUGUGCGAAGGUGGUUUGUGGAAUCAGUCACGUAUUCUAUCAACUUUAAAUAUUUCUGAAAAUAAAAUAUUGAAUAUCAGUAAUAGUAACAACAACAACAACAACAUACAAUGCUUAUCGACAAAAGAACAGAAUUAUAGUAUACCAUCACUGAAUAUAACAACAAAUGUUAUUCCUAAUCAUAAUAACAGUAGCAAUAUAAGUAACAAUAGCAGUAAUAGCAGUAGUGUCAAAAAUAAUUUCAAUCUAACAUCAUCAAUACAAUUGUAUUGCAUAGCUUGCGAUUUAUUUACAACUUCAGUGCAUAAAUUCCGAUUACACUGUCAAACACUCAGCCACAUUGGAGCUGUGAAAAUAUUUACACAUUUAGUCAAUCGACGCAACUAUCUAUGGAAUACAUUAGCUUCGUUAAGUUUGUUCUAUGUUGAUUUAUUGAAGUCGCUUUCAGAUGAAAAUAAUGAUGAUGACGAGACCAGUAACACACAUACAGACUCUUCUCAGAAAAGCAUGAACAAUUUAAAAUAUCAAACAAAGUUUGGUAAAACUUUAUUACAACUAUCAUCAAUUCUUACAAAUAUACAAGUUGUUUACGUAUGUCAUAAAAAUUAUUUACCAUUCCUAUCAUCCGGAUCAAAAUGUUUGUCCCCAUCAUCUAACAGUCCUAAUAUCAAUUUAAUGUCACCUGAAAAAUCAUCUCAAAAAUGUAUCACUAGUUUUAAAUCACUAACAAGCGCCUUAAAUCAUUGGCAUGUCAGUGAACAUCAACGAUCCAUCGCCAAACAACAAUUCUCGACAGAUCAUGACAAUUUAUCACAACACAAUCAAUCCAAUGAUUCGCAUUAUUACCCUGAUGACAUAUUCGAUAUUCAUUGGCAAUUGGGUGAUAUUCAAGGUAAUAUUGAAGAAUUACCUACAAUGAUUAUUAAAAUAUUAAUACCAAUUAUUAAUGAGUCGAUCAAUAAACAGUCAAUCAAUUCCAAUGAUUGUAAUGCAUUAACAAAUGGUUAUCUUAUCAAUGACAAUAAAUUAAUAGAUUCAAAACACAAUUACAAUUAUAACUCCAAGAGUACAAUGAACAACAAUCUGAAAUAUAGUGAAGAAAAUAACUGUGACAAUGAAUUUGUAUAUGAUAAAAUGAAACUAUUUCAAUUGUCUUUUGAACAAGAUGCAAAUGUUAAAACUAAUCAAGAUGGUCGAAUAGUUGUUGAUACUAAUGAACAAAUGAAUAAUCAAGAAGAAUUUAAAUUCUUAGCUGAACAUAUUCAUCAAUCGGACAGGAAACUUAUUUCAUUCAUUCAUCAAAUUCCAACUACAAACAUUUCUGAUGAAAACCAUCUACCUACAGUUUCUACAACUGGUUCUGGCAAAUGUGAUAUCAGUAUCCCACUCUCGAGAAUUGGAAGCGCUGAUGAGCAAGCAAAUGAGCCUGGAGCUAUACGGUGUUGCAGUCAAACUAACAGUUUAGGAAUCGAUCAACAGUUUACUGACGAUUUAACAAAUACUGAAAAAUAUAAAUUACAAAAAUGUACAAAAUCAAAUCAGACAGGUAUUUCAGUCAAAUCUCUUAUUGGUGAUUGGCCGACUAGACCGAACUCUGAACCAGUUUUAAAAUUAACCAAUAAUAUUUAUUCUGAAUGUGAAAUCGAUUCAAGCAAGAACAAUAUUCACAAAGCGAAAACCUAUCAAAAUCUAUCUGAUUCAAUAGUCAAUAACCAAGAAUAUAAAAAUAUUAUGACAGCUAAUGCAUUUCUCUCAUCUAAUUGUACAAUUGAAGAUAAUGUCUCUGCUAGCCGUUUAUUUUUACCUAAUGAAUUACAUAUAUCCGAUGAAUGGAGAAAAUCUGAACAAAAUUUAACCACUUCAAAUACAUCGAAUAUUUCAUCAAAUAUGUCAUUGCCUAUGCCUAAUUUUAAUAUAUACGGUACAUCUAUAACACCUAUGGAAUUAUUUACACAAAUGACAGCUCAUUAUAAACAAAUCUCUGAAAAUUAUAAUUAUGCACAAUCAAUGGAAUUGUUUGUACCUAAUCCGUCAGUAAUCACACAACUCGCCUCAAUGAAUGUGACUAAAAUUACUGAAUCCAUGUCGACAUCCACUUCGAUUUCAUCACCAUCUCCUUCUUCUGCUUUUACACUCACAUCGUUAAAUGCCAUUUCAAAAUCAUCAUCAGAUUUACCGCCAAAACAAAUCAAUGAUAUUGAUUCACCGGUUAAUCGUAAGAGACUAUCAACCAAUGAUUUUUUCAUUGAAAUUAAUAUGCUACCUAAUUUGCAUAGUUUAUUAAAACAAUCAUUUGAAUUAAUGACUUGUGACAGUUAUUCAAAUAUGCAAAAUGAUAAAUGUUAUUCAGAGAAGUUAUUAGCUUUCACUUUAGAGUUAAUUGUAAAUGAUAAAGUAUAUUAUGGUAGCAUUUAUGAAAAGUUAAAUAAUCAUUGGUUUAAAUUAGAUCGUUUACGUAAAUUGCAAGAACAAGAAGGCAAUUUGUGUACUUAUUGUUCUAACGAUAACAAUGAUGAUGAUGAUGAUGUUGUUGACAAUGACAACAGUAAUGGCGAUAUGGAAAACAGAAAGUGUCAAACUAAAUCAUGUCGUUUUCUAUUAGAAUCCAGUUUGGAAUUACAUAUAGAUCUACAACACUCUAAAGAAACAACUGAUCAUACUGAUAACUCUGUAAAUGUUACUUUAACUAAUUCAGUUGUAGACAAAUUAGUUGAAAAAUUCAAUGCUCUUAUUUCCAAUUCUACCUUGUCCAGUUUAUUUCAUUCAGGUUUAGAAAAUCAUUGUAAGUUACAACCAUACAUUACGUCGAGUUCCCCAAAUCUAUUAUCAAUGAAUUUGAAACAUAUACAACCAGAUAAUUAUCAAACUAUGCCAACAUUUCUGCUGCGAACAAAUGAGGUUGAAUUGAAUAAUACUGAUUCGUGUGCAUCAUUUAUUGCAGAGCAUAAUCUGUCAACUAAGAAUUACACUAAUGACAGCAGUAUUACUAGUAAUGAUAUAAGUAGUAUAUGUGACACAAAUACUGCAUUGUCUUCAUCAAUGGUUAGCUUUGAUCAAGUAAACUUACUUCACAAAGACUCCAAAAAUCCAAUAGUAAAUGAUUUAAUUGGAACGUUGACCAAAAAUGUUUGUUUUAAUAACUCCAAUUUAUUAUUAAAUUAUACUUCAACUAAUAAAAAUGAAUCCAGUGAGAAUGUUAAUAUACCGGAUAAAGAUAAUAAAAUGCCAUUGCCAUUAAAUGAAGCUUUUUCAAAUUCUAUAAAAGAUUAUAGUUUAAAUAGUUCUACAAAUCUUUUACAUAAAUUAUAUUUAACUACUCAACAGGAACAACAUAAAUUAUUAGAGCAAUAUGAACAACAAACUGCCUCAUCUUCAUCACAAAAACGAAGUCGUACACGUCUAAGUGAAUCACAAUUAAAUAUUUUACGUUCAUAUUUCGAUAUCAGUAAUUCACCAUCAGAUGAAAAAAUUCAUGAAAUCUGUAUUAAAACUGGUUUACAAGAGAAAGUUGUGAAACAUUGGUUUCGUAAUACAUUAUUUAAAGAAAGACAAAAAAAUAAGGAUAAUCCAUAUAAUUUUGCCAUACCACCAAGUACAAGUUUAAAUUUAGAAGAAUACGAAAAAACUGGUCGAAUUGAAGUUCAUUCUACUCAUUCAAUUAAACAACAGCAUAAACAACAUUAUUCAAGCCAAGAACAAGCUGAUAAACAGAAAAAUAAUAAUUUACAAGUUGAUACGUACUCACAAAAUUUGUUAAUUAUGAAUAACAAGGAUAAAUUGACAAAUUCGUCUAACAUGCAAACAAAUGAAAAAAUCAAUGAUGGUUCAUGCAAUAUAGAAAAAUCUAUUGAAGAUGAAAAUACAAACAUUGAAUCGUUGAAUUCCCCAACAAAACCUUUAACUUCAGCAGUUAAAAGAUCUUCUGAAACUGAAUCAUCUUUGAAAGAUAAUGAUCAAACGAAAUGGGUUGCCCAAAACAAACGCAUACGACUGCAGAAAGAGUAUCAAGAUUCUAAUGUAAAUGAUGAAAGACCCAUGUCAGUUGUAUCAAUUGAAGAAUCAGAUGUUAAUUAUGGUUACAAAGGAACUUUACAUUCAACAAUGACAACAAUAACAGCUUCAUCGACGGAAAAUACUGAUGGUGAUGUUCAUUCAUUUGUACUAGCUGACAAUUCAAAUAAUUCACAUGAAUCACCACCAUCGCUUACAUCGGAGAGUUCUCCGUCUAUUUCUGAAACUCCAUUGUCACCAAGAUUACCCCUGAUACCAGAGUUAGACGAUCCUCAAAGUGUUUUUGCUGCACUUAUUCAUCUUGGCAAUCAUAAUCGUGUUCAGCAACGAUCAAGAUGUGAAAGUGAACAAAAAUCAACUAAUCUAUGGAACUUCCCUUACUUCUCAUCAGCAUCGCCGUCAUCUGCUAUUCCUGGAUUGUUAAAUAACACUGAAGUGUAUGCAGAUCCAAAUAAACUACACUGUCAACUAACAGCACUUAUGAAUGCAUCACUAAGUAAAACUAUGCCACACUUCCAAACUUCGUUAGAUUCGAACGAAGCCCCACUAGAUUUAAGUGCUAAAACAACUUCAUCAGUUAUCAUAAAUACUACUGAUGAUAACAACUGUCAAAAUAGCUCAUCUUUUAUACUUGAACAGAAUGCACAGAUAAUUGACAAUGAAGAUAAUGACUUUACAGUGAAUAAUCAAGAUCAAUUUCGUUCAAUCCCAUCUUUAAUUCAAUCAGAACAUGUAUCUAAUGCUUAUCGAUCAACAAGUACAACCUCUAGUACAAAUGGUGGGCGUCGAAAUAGAACUAGUAUUACAGCACUUCAAUCUAGAUGUAUGCAUUCAAUAUAUAAUUAUCAUAAAACUCCUUCAGUACAUGAGUGCGAUCGCUUAGGUGAAAUGAUUGGUUUAUCACGACGUGUUGUUCAAGUAUGGUUUCAAAAUCAACGUGCAAAAGAAAAGAAAAUGGCCCGUGUUUCAUCAGGACAAUAUAACUUUUCAGUAAAUUCAUCGUUAUUGACCGAGAAAAUAUCACCAAUAGAUUCUUCUUCCAGUAUAGAUUCAAAUUAUUGUCAAAUAUGCUCAAUUUCCAUACAAAAAUCGGAAGUAGCAAAUAAUUCUGGGUCGAUCAAUCAACAGUCAGAAAAUGGUUCUAGUCAGUCAGCAAAUUUUAUAUCACAUGCAUCAUUUGUGGAUCAUCUUUUCUCAGCAGUUCAUUUGAAAAAAUUAUUACGCUGGUGUACAAUGGAUACUAGUUAAUUAAAAUGUAUAGCCAUAAUUAGUGUACUGUAUAUUUCUUCUUACAUCGAUUUACAUUUUGUAUUCUUU